GGACGUAAAUAUGUAAGUGGAGGCGACAACAGAUGCACCAGUAACCGAAAAAAAAGUUGAGACCUUUGUUCCGCCAACUUUACUCAUGGAUUCUGACCAAGAGAGUAUAGGAAGACGAGAUGGAGAUACCACAUCAAAUGAAAGUGUAACAAGAUCUUCUAAGACUUCAGAAUAUUCCCCUUCCAUCUCGACUACCUCGUCAGAUGGUUCUUCGGAUGAUUACAUCCAAGUGGUUCCAAAAACAAUAUUCACCUCAGCCUCAUCAGGUGUAGCAUCUUCCAAAUCUCAUUCUGAUGCAAAACUUCUAUCUCAAAGUGUUACAUGUAAUCAAUUGAAUGAAUCCUCGAAAACGACGUCUACAAGUUCCACCUCACAGGUUUCAGAUGUCACUAAUGAAUCUGAAUUCUCGACGAUAUCACAAUCUCCUUCUAUACAGGUGAUGGAAAGGGAGGCAGGUUUUGAUCCCAAUAGAAUUCCCUCAUCCAUUUUUGGGAGUAAGGCUUCAUCCUCUAAGGUUUGGAGCGCUGCUUCUAUUGAAUCAUUGUUCAGUAUACACAGUCCUGGAAGUGGUAGUUCUGCAAGGAAUGAUAUUGCGAUGACUGAUGGAGAUUUGAAAAGGGACAGAAAACGAGACAAUGGUGCAGAAGUAGACAAAAAUGAAAAAAACAAUAAGUCUGAGCUAACGAGGUUUAGGCAGACUUUGCCAAUUACAAAAGGAGGAGAAUAUAAGAAAAAGAUGUUUGAUAAAGAAAGGAAAGUAAAUGUCGUAAACAAACCAUCAGCAACAGGAAGUUCAGAUGAACCAACAAAGAGAAUAGUCUGUUUUAGAGAGGAAAUGAAAGUAGGGGAGAGCAUAAUCCGUUCUGCUGCACUUGGCUACCCCGAUGGAAAAGUAUGCUUUAGGGGCAACGUUGUUCGCCCUUCUGAUGGGAAUGGCACGUGUUCUGCCGCUCCUAUGUGA